GGCCUGAAAGACCUCAAUUUCCCACCGUAUUACAAAUAGAUUACAUGCUUCCUAGGGUUUCACCCCUUGUUGACACACCCUUCACUUUUUAAGUGGUCUAAAAACCCUAGUUUCUCUCAGACUCAGAGGCGCCUCUCUGCAACAUUCUCUUCGGCGAGAUGGGUGAAGUCAAGGCAUUGGUUCCAGAGUCCGUCUUGAAAAAGCAAAAGAGAGAGGAGGAGUGGGCUUUGGCCAAAACACAAGAACUUCAGACUUUAAAGUUGAAGAACGCUGAGAACAGAAAGCUCAUUUACAAUAGAGCCAAGCAGUAUGCCAAGGAAUAUUCAGAGCAGGAGAAGGAGCUCAUUCAGCUCAAGCGUGAGGCUAAGUUGAAGGGAGGUUUCUAUGUUGAACCAGAGGCCAAGCUCUUGUUCAUUAUUCGCAUCCGUGGUAUUAAUGCCAUGCACCCCAAGACAAGGACUAUCUUGCAGCUCUUACGAUUGAGACAGAUAUUCAAUGGUGUGUUCCUUAAAGUCAACAAAGCCACCAUGAAUAUGCUUCACAGGGUUGAACCAUAUGUGACAUAUGGAUACCCCAAUUUGAAGAGUGUGAAGGAGUUGAUUUACAAAAGAGGUCAUGGCAAGCUCAACAAGCAAAGAGUUGCAUUGACUGACAACUCAGUUGUAGAACAGGCUUUGGGCAAAUAUGGAAUCAUCUGCACAGAGGAUCUUAUCCACGAGAUCACCACUGUUGGACCUCACUUUAAGGAAGCCAACAACUUUUUAUGGCCCUUCAAGCUGAAGGCACCAUUGGGUGGUAUGAAAAAGAAGAGGAAUCACUAUGUCGAAGGCGGAGACGCUGGUAACCGUGAGAAUUAUAUUAAUGAGCUCAUCCGAAGAAUGAAUUAGGUUUGGUAGAAUUAUCAGUUUUCAUUGCUCAACAGAUUAUGAGUCUUUUGGUUUAUGUUAGAACAAAUCUAAACUCAAAUUUUGUUUUCUCGUUUAAGUUUGACAAAUUUGUUUUUUUUUAUAUUUGGUAUUUAAGAGUUUCUCAAGACUUUGGAUGUCAGAAAUAUUAUGUAGUCUUGCGUUUUAAAAGCUUAUAAGUCUUAUUGGA